UGGCAGUAAACUGUCUCGCUUAAUUAAGAGAGAUUUAAUCCAGCAUAAACCAAACACUCUUGAUAAAUAUUUGAAAAAACAACAAACAAACAAAUAAAAACGGUAUAUUUUAUUUAUCUAACGUAAUCUGAUCUCAGAGUGUGAUACUAUUUAUAAAGAUAUCAAAUAUCAAAUGUCUGGAUUUCCAGUUGAGAUUUAAACAGCAGCAUUAGACAUAUGUAUAUAUCAUUCGUGGAUGGUUAAUUAACGCUAGAGACAGGGUGGAAGUGGGUGAAGAAUCGUUCGUGUUUGUCUUGUAUACACUUAUGCUAUAAAGGAAUUGAAACAAUUCCAAUAAUGUAAUCAAAAUAAACUUCGGAGUGUUCUCAACUCGCUGGAAACCUGCGUCGUUCGAUGGUGCUGUUCUUCCUUGGAAAAAUAUUCCAAAAUUUUCCGUCACCUCUCGAACAAUUUGCCGAAGCUGAUGUACCUAUGUAUCGUUGUAUAAAUCACCACAACCCCACCUCCUCCGGCAUUAGUCAUAGGGAGACAGACUGGAGUUUUGGAAAGGAAUCCAGACAGUAAUUUUACGUCUCCAGGGAAGUUCUGACUCAGCCCCCGUUCAAUAAAGGGCAUUAACUCUUGAGCAGGUGCUCUGCUUAAUUGCAUAUUAAUUUACAUAUUUUUAUGGUGUCUGUAAUGUUUAAACCGGUGAUUAUUUAGCAGCCGGUGGUUGUAUUACUAGAUGUUAUUUACUACUGGAGGUUUGGUAUCGUAGUCUCUUCCCCCACCACCCUCGUUAAGCAUCUUACACCCCUACCUACUUCAUUCUCGGUCGACAAUACGAAACGUGAUACAAUCACAUACUAAUAUUAUGUUCGGACACCUUCGGUAACGGGUUUAUUUUGUUUUUCUAUCCUCCGCCGUCACCGCUAACCUCAGCAAUUCAGUGGAGGCCCACAUAGAGUUAAUCUACUGAUAAAUAAAGCUUCGUAACAACCUCAGUGACAAAGCCUCGGAGUGGCUUCGCAUCUGGUUACUAACCACAAACAGCCCGGCUUAACAUCAAUAAACAAACAUCGACCGACAUUGCGAUAAACGACUUAGAGAUCCGAGAAGGGUGCAAAAGAUCGCUGCGAAAAAGUUUCCAGACUCGCCGUGAUCUUCGUAGAGGCCAUGGCAGAAACCACAGAAGAUAAGAAGGAACCAGAGACUAAACGAGCUGCCCACACAUACCCACUUAUACGACAUUCAGACAUGAUGGAUGAGAUGAAGACUGAGACAAUGGAGCUUUGUGUUACGGCUUGUGAGAAGUUCUCCAAUAACAAUGAAACUGCUGCUAAAAUGAUUAAAGAAACGAUGGACAAGAAAUUUGGUGCUUCUUGGCACGCUGUGGUUGGUGAGGGUUAUGGCUUUGAGAUAACACAUGAAGUAAAGAAUUUAUUGUAUAUGUUCUUUGGUGGGAAUAUUAGAUGA